AUGCAACAGUCAAUUCGGCUUGCUGAUCGCCUCGCGGAUGUGCCACCGUAUUCCGUGUGGACAGAAAUGACACCCCUCGCCAACAAGCACGGGGCUGUUAACCUCGGUCAAGGUUUCCCCAAUUUUCCUCCACCCGAUUUCCUCUUGAAGGAAGCCCAUCGUGUGUUUGAUGAAAGUGUUGUGACACCAACGAACCAGCAGUAUGCGCGAACGCAGGGCAACCUGGAGCUUGUGUCCGAACUGAAGCGUAUAUACGCAAAACAUCUUGGGUGGCCCGAUAUAGGUGACGAGAACAUCGUCAUUACCAACGGCACAACUCAGGGACUGAACAUGGUAUUUCAGGCUAUUGUCAAUCCAGGCGAUGAAGUGAUUACAUUUGAGCCCUUCUACGACGCUUACCAAUGUGACAUCCAACUGGCGGGUGGUGUGGUAAGGUUUGUGCAGAUGAUUCCUGGUUCUACAGGCCUUGCGGACUCGUGGACCUUCAGUGAGGAGCAGUUACGGUCACUGAUAAACCCGCGGACAAAAGCUAUACUUGUCAACACACCACAGAACGUUCCCGGGAAGGCGUGGACGCGGGAAGAAAUGAAUAUUGUCGCAUCCCUUGCUUUGGAGCAUAACCUUAUCGUUGUGUCCGACGAGGUGUAUAUGCAUCUUGUGUACGCGACCCCGCAUCCCAUUGAGGGACAGAAACACUCGCAUCUCUCAAUAGCAGCGUUGCCGGACAUGCGUGACCGCUGCGUCACACUGUGCAGUUCUGGUAAGACGUUUUCGGCUACGGGCUGGAAGAUUGGCUGGGCGGUGGGCCCCACGAAGCUUAUUCAGGCUCUGAGCUUGUUGGAAUUGUACCAAACAUUCAACGUGGCCACACCCUUGCAGAUUGCAACGGCCCGCGGCCUUCGCAUUGCGGAGGAAGUCGGUUACUACGAGAAUCUUCUCUCGCAAUACGAAAAGCGUCGGAAGCUCCUUUGUGACAUGCUUGCAAAGAAUAACUUACCCCCAACCAUACCCUCAGGUGGGUUCUUCGUUCUAGCGGACAUCUCACUUGUGGACCCCAAGCAUUAUCUUGACCCCAAUGAAAGGUCGGUUGGUCGAGACUGGCAGUUCUGUCGGUGGCUCACACGCACAUUGAAGGUGUGUGCGAUCCCUGUGACUGCUUUCUGCCAGAAGGAGAAUCGCCCGGUAUAUGAUAAGUUCGUUCGGUUUGCUUACUGCAAGAAGGAGGAAGACAUUAUAGAGGCUGGCAUACGCCUUGAAAGACUGAGCGAGUACCUGCUUCCUGCCCAUUAG